AACAUUUUUAUGUUGCAGAGCAACGCCGCGUCACUUGAAUAAGUUAUUGUUGGUGAAUUCUGCGAUGAAUACACCUGUUUUCGAUUUCUUGAAAGAUGAUGUUUACAAAUCUGUUUACGAACCAUCAGAAGACUCAUUUCUUCUUAUCGAUGCUUUAGAAAAUGAUUUAGAAUUAAUUCGGAAGCUCAAUCCUAGUAUUUGUCUGGAAGUAGGAAGUGGUAGUGGAGUAGUGAUUUCAGCUGUGUCCAAGGUCUUCCCAUCAGCAUAUUGUUUGGCUACGGAUAUCAACCAUGUAGCUGCCCUUGCCACCAAAAAGAUGGCAGAAACAAACAAGGUCACCGUUGAACCAGUUGUUACUGACUUGACAUCAGCUGUUAGAUCCAGACUUCUUAGCCAGGUGGAUCUUCUUGUGUUUAAUCCUCCGUAUGUGGUGACACCUUCAGAAGAGGUGGGUACCCAAUCACUGCAGGCAGCAUGGGCUGGUGGAAUUAAAGGAAGACAAGUUAUGGAUCGAUUUUUUCCAUUUGUACCUCAACUGCUGAGUACCAAGGGCCUGUUUUAUAUUGUCGUCUUAAAAGAUAAUAAUCCUGAUGAAAUUACAGAGUUUAUGUUUGGACAAGGCCUCAAGAUGAAUAAUGUUUUGUCUCGACGUUGUGGCAUUGAACAUCUAUCUGUAUUGAGGUUUGAGAAUGGGUGAAUAAAUAAAGGUAGUAGCAUUUAA